AGCAGAAGUGAGGAGGCGGAGGAGGACGAGGACGAGGACGAGGACGAGGACGAGGACGAGGACGAGGACGAGGACGAGGACGAGGACGAGGACGAGGACGAGGACGAGGACGAGGACGAGGACGAGGACGAGGACGAGGACGAGGACGAGGAGGAAGAUGAGGAGGAGUUGAAUGACUUUUGCGAUCAGGCUGAAGUUCUUCUUGAUACAUACGCGCUGGAGUUUCAAGGUCUUGCCAAUGAGCUCAAUAUGCUUGAAAAAGAAAUUGACGCUACAGAGGAUUAUCUCAAGUUCAAGCUCGACAAGGCUCGCAAUCGUCUUAUUCGUCUCGAUGUUUUCUUUGGCAUUAUCGGAGCCUGUCUGGCAGUCAAUUCGGCCAUAACAGAGAGCAGCUCCGCCAACUUUUCGCUCAAGAUCGGGGCACAAACUCUUAGCAGGGUUGAGCAG